AUGCGCACCCGCGUCCCGCUGCUGUUUAGCCGUUUCCAAGGCUACGAAGCCCGUCGGCCGGGGAUAAGACAGCAAGAAAAUGAAGCUUAAGAGCCUCCUGCUCCGGUAUUACCCGCCAGGAAUUAUGUUGGAAUAUGAAAAACAUGGAGAAUUAAAGACUAAGUCCAUAGAUUUGCUUGAUCUUGGUCCCAGCACUGAUGUCAGUGCGUUAGUAGAAGAAAUCCAGAAGGCAGAACCUCUACUCACAGCUUCACGAACAGAGCAAGUCAAACUUUUGAUACAGAGGUUGCAAGAGAAACUCGGCCAGAACAGCAAUCACACGUUCUAUCUUUUUAAGGUUCUCAAAGCACAUAUAUUGCCACUGACUAAUGUUGCACUUAACAAAUCGGGCUCAUGCUUUAUCACAGGAAGCUAUGAUCGGACAUGCAAGCUCUGGGACACUGCGUCUGGAGAGGAGCUGAACACCCUGGAGGGCCACAGGAAUGUGGUUUAUGCCGUAGCAUUCAACAAUCCUUACGGUGACAAAAUCGCCACUGGGUCCUUUGAUAAAACUUGUAAACUCUGGAGUGUGGAAACAGGAAAAUGUUACCAUACCUUCAGGGGUCAUACAGCAGAAAUAGUGUGUUUAUCAUUUAACCCUCAAAGCACAUUGGUGGCGACUGGAAGUAUGGACACAACAGCCAAAUUGUGGGACAUUCAGAAUGGCGAGGAAGUUUACACCUUAAGAGGACAUUCUGCCGAAAUAAUCUCCUUGUCAUUUAACACCUCAGGAGACAGAAUCAUCACGGGGUCUUUUGAUCAUACAGUUGUAGUGUGGGACGCUGAUACUGGAAGGAAGGUAAAUAUCUUAAUUGGUCAUUGUGCUGAGAUUAGCAGUGCCUCAUUCAAUUGGGAUUGCUCUCUAAUAUUAACUGGCUCUAUGGACAAAACCUGCAUGCUGUGGGAUGCUACAAAUGGAAAAUGUGUGGCAACCUUAACAGGCCAUGAUGAUGAAAUACUAGACAGCUGCUUUGAUUACACUGGAAAGCUUAUUGCAACUGCUUCAGCCGAUGGAACAGCAAGAAUUUUCAGUGCUGCCACAAGAAAAUGCAUUGCCAAACUGGAAGGUCAUGAAGGUGAAAUUUCAAAGAUUUCUUUCAACCCUCAAGGGAACCGUCUUCUAACUGGCAGCUCUGACAAAACGGCUAGAAUCUGGGAUGCUCAGACUGGCCAGUGCCUCCAGGUUCUUGAGGGGCACACUGAUGAAAUCUUUUCAUGUGCUUUCAACUAUAAAGGCAACAUAGUCAUUACAGGCAGCAAGGAUAAUACCUGUAGGAUAUGGCGUUGACUGAAGGAAGCUGGUCAGUGAGCAACCUUGCUAGCAACGGUAAUCAAGAACUGGAACUUCACAGACAGCAGCUCUCUUAAUAUUUCUUAUACUUUCUCUUUUUCUGCAAGUCAACUAUUUCUACAACUGUCCUUCAUUUCACGGAUAUGACCAUUAAACAUGACAAAGUUAUGCCACUCCAAUAUUAUUAUUUGAUGGCAAUGGCAGGACACAGCAAAAUGUUUGGCUAAUGCCACCAGUUAUUUCAGUUGUGUUUGUUUUUUAAAAGCAUUAUGAUACUGGAAAAGGAGACCAGAACAACUUGUCUCCUGGAUUUUACUUUGAAGCCUAUUGUUAUAAUUUCUGUUGAAUAAAGUGUUUGGAGGAAAUUCCUUGUA